UUAGAUACUCAUUUAAUGUGUCUCGCCUUUCCCUCCCCAGUUAAUAAUGGCAUGAUGGUCACUGACAACAACGGCAUCAUCAAGUUUCCGCAGUUGUGUAAAUUCUGCGAUGUGAGAUCUUCCACCUGCGACAACCAGAAAUCCUGCCUGAGCAACUGCAGCAUCACAUCCAUCUGCGAGAAUCCGCAUGAAGUCUGUCUGGCUGUCUGGAGGAAGAACGAUGAGAACAUUACCCUAGAAACGCUUUGCCAUGACCCCAAGGACACCUACCAUGGCAUUGCUCUUGAAGAUUCUGCUUCUCCCAAGUGUAUUAUGAAGGAAAAAAAGGUGUUGGGCGAGACUCUCUUUAUGUGCUCCUGUAGCACCGAUGAGUGCAAUGACCACAUCAUCUUCUCGGAAGAAUACGCCACCAACAACCCUGACCUGUUGCUAGUCAUAUUCCAAGUGACAGGCGUCAGCCUCCUGCCACCACUGGGCAUCGCCAUAGCCGUCAUCAUCAUCUUCUACUGCUACCGCGUUCACCGGCAGCAGAAGCUGAGCCCGUCCUGGGAGACCAGCAAGCCGGGAAAGCACAUGGAGUUCAGCGAGCACCUUGCCAUCAUUCUGGAGGACGACCGCUCUGACAUCAGCUCCACGUGCGCCAACAACAUCAACCACAACACCGAGCUGCUGCCCAUUGAGCUGGACACCCUGGUGGGGAAAGGCCGCUUCGCCGAGGUCUACAAGGCCAAGCUGAAGCAGAACACUUCCGAGCAGUUUGAGACCGUGGCGGUCAAGAUCUUCCCUUACGAGGAGUACGCCUCCUGGAAAACGGAGAAGGACAUUUUCUCAGACAUCAACCUGAAGCACGAGAACAUACUGCAGUUCCUCACCGCCGAGGAGCGCAAGACAGAGCUGGGGAAGCAGUACUGGCUGAUCACCGCCUUCCACGCCAGGGGCAACCUACAGGAGUACCUGACGCGCCACAUCAUCAGCUGGGAGGACCUGCGCACGCUCGGCAGCUCCCUCGCGCGGGGCAUUGCCCACCUGCACAGCGACCACACCCUGUGCGGGCGGCCCAAGAUGCCCAUCGUGCACAGGGACCUCAAGAGCUCCAACAUCCUCGUGAAGAACGAUCUGACCUGCUGCCUGUGUGACUUCGGGCUUUCCCUGCGUCUGGACCCGACCCUGUCUGUGGACGACCUGGCCAACAGUGGGCAGGUGGGAACUGCGAGAUACAUGGCCCCCGAAGUCCUGGAGUCCAGGAUGAACUUGGAGAAUGUGGAAUCCUUUAAGCAGACGGAUGUCUACUCCAUGGCUCUGGUACUCUGGGAAAUGACAUCUCGCUGUAAUGCGGUGGGAGAGGUGAAAGAUUACGAGCCUCCAUUUGGAUCCAAGGUGCGGGAGCAUCCCUGUGUUGAGAGCAUGAAGGACAAUGUGCUGAGGGACCGAGGACGGCCCGAAAUUCCCAGCUCCUGGCUCAACCACCAGGGCAUCCAGAUGGUGUGUGAGACGCUGACCGAGUGCUGGGACCACGACCCGGAGGCCCGGCUCACGGCCCAGUGCGUGGCGGAGCGCUUCAGCGAGCUGGAGCACCUGGACAGGCUGUCAGGGAGGAGCUGCUCCCAGGAGAAGAUUCCCGAAGAUGGCUCGUUGAACACUACCAAAUAGCUCUUCCCGGGGCAGGCUGGGCUCAUCUAAAGAGGCUGCCCCUGUCACCAAAGAACAGAGGCAGCAGGAAGUUGCCCCUGAUCCUGAACCAAUGCUUCCUGGAAGCCCGGGGGUCACUCCCCUCCCUGUGAGGUGUGACCCUGAGCAGGAAACACCAGCAGCAGGGAGUGGGUGACAUGAAGCAUUCUAUGCCUUUGACGUCGUCAUAGGAUAAGCUGUGUUAGCACUUCCUCAGGAAAUGAGAUUGAUCUUUACAAUAGCCAAUAACAUUUGCACUUUAUUAAUGCCUGUAUAUAAAUAUGGAAUAGCUAUGUUUUAUAUAUAUCUAUAUAUAUCUAUAUCUAUAUCUAUAUACAGCCAUACUCUGGAAAGAGACAAGGAAAGAAAAGAUCAAAGAUCCCAGGAAAUCGAUCUGUUUGGAGAGCUCGGGAACCAGGCACAGAAGGAAGGGAUCCGCGACGGCAUUAGCACUUGACAAUCACCGUGCCCUGGUUCUCUGACCACGCGAGGUGGGGGCUCUGCGUCAGGAGAGGGGCUCCGAGUCUCCAAAGCCUGCUGCAGUCAUGCUGCACUCGCUUUUGCAAAAUAACAGUUCUGUGCACGUGGGUCCUUGGCUGGCCGUGGAGCUAGUUAGAGUCACGCUGUCUGGGGACAAGACCCUGGGGUUCCUGUGUGCCACUGUGUCUCCUGGUCGUUUCGCUUGAGAUUCAAGCCCGCAAUCGGUUUGUGAGCCGCCUUCCUCAACCAGCUCAGAAACCCUGUCCCGUCUCCAAGAGCUUCAAGGUGAUGAGCUCCAUCCUCUAGCUUCCCAGGCAUAACAAUCAGAACAGAUCUCCCCACUUAUGAAAUGGCCCCAUAGUCUACUAAUGAGAGAACAUUCUUUCUUCGUUUUUAUUCUCCCUGCUGUGUCUGACUCUGUUACUCUACUCCCCACCCAUAGUCCCUUUCCUUAAAGGGAAAACAUCUUCUUUCCAGUGUUCAUUGUGGUCAGUUUUUCAUCAGGCUCGGUGGGAGUCUCUAGUUUUCUGGUGCAGACACCGGCAGGUUCCGUCUCUGGGCUCCCAAAUGCCCCGGUCCAUUCUGGCUGCGUCCGAAGGACUUGAGCGGCACAGCACGGCCAUGGUCAGGGCCGUUCCCCCAGGCACUUCGAACAUGUGUUUUGCUUGGCCAGCACAGCACUCGACAAAAGCAAGCCCCUUUUUAAAUAUUUGGAGAUUCUGCAAGAAAGAACAAUCUGGAUUCUCCCAAGUGAGGAUAGAGAGCAGAUGGUUUCCAGCUCCCAGUCCACGUCAUUCACAAAACAAAAGUGUGGACACACUUACAAAGCUGCUUUACUUCUCAGUGUAAACAUUUGCAUUUUCCACUGCCUGCCUUAUCCCCCAGUCUAGGAAUUAAACUUGCCCCUAACCCAGGCCCCUUGUAAGAAAUGUGCGUCACAGCAGCCAUUCUCUAUCAUAUGAAUUUGAUUCCCUCCCUCUUCCUGGUCUGGUGUUAAGAUUUUAAGUUGGUAGGUUUUUUUUGGACUGAAGGGGACCCCCUCAAGUGGUCCCAGUUAAGCCAAAUCUAUUUUGCCUAAACAUUAAGAGCUCUCCCCUCCACAUUACGGAGGAGACUCUUACCUAGAAGCUUUCGCCAAGGUUAACCGUCUCCCUGCCAUACCAGCCUUCCUGCCCUCUGCAGGAUUUGCUAGCAAGGACUUGAAUGUGGGACAUGAGUGAGUCCCUUUUGUGUUUAGGAAGUCUGUGUCCGAAUGGGCAAGAAAAAAGAAUGAGCUUUAAUACUCCAUAGGAAUUUGUUAAUUCACAAACAAAUGUCAAUGCUGCAAAUAAUCUCUUUUUUUUUAAUGUUGUUGAAGCUACCUAUUUUCAGCCAAAUAGGAAUAUUAGGACUGGCAAUGAGCAAAUCAGUUCCAUUUGGGUUUUGGAAGAUCUCUCAUUGAGGUUUUAGCGGAUAGGCUGAGAUUUGGGAUUAGAUGAACCUUGUGGGUGCCCUGCUCGGUGGGCGGUGGGCUGAGAGAGUUCAGGACUGUCCACCUGUAUGACCUUGGAAAUGCCCCGAAAUUCCUUGCACCUUCGGGCUUAUUGAUGCUGUCCAAUAGCUGUUGCUCAUUGACCUCUAGUGGUGAAUUUCUAGAAUACUGGUCCAUUAACGGGAUUUUCCAAGAUUCAAAAGAGCUUUAUCACUUCUGGGUGGUCAUCAGCAUAAACUGGAAUGUAGUGUCAGAUGAUACUGUGGCUUUUGUUUUUCUUUGUCAAGAAAAAGACCAAGGAAUAACAUUCUGUAGUUCCUAAAAAUACUCAUUUUUUUUACUACUACACAUAAAGGGAAAGUUUUAUUCUUUUAUGGAACACUUCAGCAGUACUCAUGUAUUAAAAUAGGAAUGUGAAUGCUAUAUACUCUUUAUAUCAAAUGUCUCAAGCACUUAUUUUCAUUCUAUGCAUCGUUUGUCUUUUAUAUAAAUAAAAUGUUUAAUAGAUGGAAUAAAGCAAAAAUGCUCAGGUCA